AUGGAUCCACUGGGGUUCACCCCGUUCCGGAGAGAGGGUAUCCUCCAACGUAGAGGUAUCAGGCAAACUUUCUCCAGCUGGGAUAGAUGCAUGGCCAGUGCCUAUUGCAAGUGGCCUGCCAUCGUCGCCAUAAUCGUUGGUGGCCUCAUUAUCAUUGCAGUCCUCUGGGCCGUACUCGCCUGCGUCUGCUGCGGCUACACAUGCUGCAAGGGUUGCUGCGCCUGUUGUAGUUGUUGCUGCCCCUCCUCUGGCAGCAAGUCUAAGGCCCGCGACCACUAUAGCAAUGAACAGACAGCUUACAACAAUCAAUAUCCCUCUGGGGGCUAUCAACAUCCCCCCGCACCCCCGGUGUAUAGCUUCCACCGUCCAUCUCCAAAGCAAUACGCGCAAUUCGACGCCACCCACCCACGCACACAGACUAACGACGAUGCCCUCCCGGAAAUGCCUAUGUGGGAACCCGCUCCAACCCGCCGUGUUGAAGAUACCUCUCAACCCUAUGAUCUGGAAAUGAACACCUUAGACCCUGUCACAGGCCAAAAUGUCAGCCGCCCCAUGCGGGGAAACAAUAAUUCAAACCCCAACUCUCCUGCCUACACUCCCGCUUUUGACGGCUACCGCGCACCAGAACCCACAAACUACCGCCCUGGAAACAUCGCACGCACCCCGUCCCCAGGCGAUCCCGUCGCCGCGGACGCCAUAGGCAUCGCAACCAGCUUCCCAAAUCCGAAUCAACAACAAACCCAUUAUCCAAAUCGCAACGCAAGCCCCAACCUAAGCCCCCAUUCUUCCACCUCCACUUACCCCCCCCUCUAA